AUGAUCCUAGCAAUGCCAGCUCUGACCUUAGACCAAAACGGUAGUAAAAUCAAUGCAGAUAGCAACACAUUUAUCCUCCAAAGAAAAUCGUCUCGGCGUCUGUCUAGUACUAGAGGUUUUAAAUCUGCAUUAUCGAUUCCAUUAAAAAAUGACGAUGAUAUUGAGUCAAAUCAAGAAGAAUUUGAAGAAAUCUCCACUCCAAUUUCAUCAGAAGCCGAUAGUACUACUGGUUGGAUCAGGGUGUACGAAGGACUUAGUUGCGAGUCAGAACAUAGUAGAAUUGUGUAUUUGACUCAUUGUACCACUACUAGAGAUGUGUGCAGGGAUAUGCUCCUUCCUCCCGAGUUAACUCUAUGGGUCUCCUGCGGCGGAGUACGCCCAAGGCGCCUCGGCUUACGAGAACGUCCUUUGGCUCUGCAAGACACAUUUUUGCGAGGAGUAGGUUACACAGAUCCUUCUCGACGUUCUCGGCUAGGAGUAGACACACAAUUGCGAUAUUUGUUUCAACUUAGCACAGGACCUGCAGCAAGUUCUCCUAAUGCAGGAGCAGCCAGUGGUCAUCUGCAAAUUCUUAAGGGACAUGUGUUUCCUCAGUGGAAGAGCAGACCUGUUGCUCUUUUUGCUAGCAAAUUGCUUAUAUAUCCUGGCUAUGAUGAAGGUCAGCCAGAUAUUAUAGAUUUAUCAGGUGGUGUUGUGGAACCAAAAUCACCACGUUGUGGGCGAUUGUUAUUACGAGUGGCACCACAUAAUUCUUCUGAAACAAAUACUGUAUCACCUCAAUCAAUUAAACACGUUUUCUUCGGUUUCAAUCGAACGUGGGAAAGAGAUAUUUGGCUCGAAUGGCUGCAAAAGGCAACAACUCUUGAAAGUGAUCCAGAAAAAAUUGACCUAAGGGGUGCUGGUUUACGAGGGUUGUCUGAACAUUGUUUGAAUGGUUCUUUACGAGUAGAAGAAUUAGAUUUGGGCAAUAAUGAGCUUCAAGGAGCAAAUUUGGAUUUACUUUUUAGACUUAGUAAACUUAAGGUUUUAUCGUUGUCUUCAAAUAAUUUGGAACAAUUUCCUAGAUCUUUAUUGCAAUUAUCUACAAUCACACGACUGGAUUUGUCUGACAACAAGCUCGAAAAUUUGCCACAAGAAAUAUGUCUUAUGACAAGCCUAGCAGAAUUACGAGUUGAAAGAAAUGUUUUACGUGAUCUACCCGAUUCUUUAUGUUCACUUUCCUCAUUAACAACUUUGCUGGUGGCCGAAAACCAGGUCAAAUUUUUUCCUACUUUUUUAAUCAGGAUGAGGGCUCUCGGAUAUAUGGAUUUCCAAGCUGCAACAAAUAAUGCUAAUAUAAAGGAUCAUUUGGAAGAAAGCGAUAAAAAUGAUUUGAAUCAGCCAUUGUCUAAAGUGAGCUUAAGAGCAAAUCAGUUAAAAGGCAAUAUUAUAUUAGGAAACUAUGGGAAUUUGGCACAACUAGAUCUGAGCGAGAAUUGCAUCGAAUGCUUAGAUUUGAGUGCCUUAGAUAACUUGCAAGUUCUUCAAUGCUCUAGAAAUAAAUUAUCAGAACUAACUUUAAAUGGCAGGGCUUUGACAUCUUUAAUUGCUGGGAAUAAUGAAUUAAAGAAGCUGAUUAUUUCACCACCGCCAUCAAAUCUCCAACAUUUCGAUGUAUCUUACAACGCCCUAACAGAGCUGCCCACGUGGGUUUGCAGUUGCCAUGAUCUGCAAGUUUUAUUUGCAAGUCACAAUAAACUUCAAUCAUUACCUGAACAUUUAUUUUGCAGCGAGUUGAGCUCAUUGCAUACUUUACAAUUGGGUUAUAACGAGAUCCAAAAAUUACCUUCUUUGCCCAGAAGAAGACUUGCACUACAAGAAAUAUUUUUACAGUGUAAUCGUAUCACAUCGUUGCCGGAUAAUUUUUUUUCAUCAUGCACGCAAUUGAGGGUUUUGAAUUUGUCUAAUAACAGAUUGACUCAAUUGCCACCUACGGAAGAUGUAACUUAUGUAUUGGAACGGUUGUAUUUAACAGCUAAUUGUUUGACAGAGUCGAUUACGGAUACUGUAUCGUCAUUUUCGAAUUUAAAAAUAUGGCAUGCAGCUUAUAAUAGUUUAGCAACUUUACCGGAAAGCUGCAUUGCUGCCUUGAAUGAAUUAGAAGAGCUGGUUUUAUCAGGAAACAGAUUACAACAUUUACCUGACAAUUUGGCAGCUUUGGAACAUUUAUCAGUACUAAGAGUCCAUUCCAAUCGUCUGCAAUCUGCCCCUGGAUUUUCUAAAUCAAAAUGUCUUCGUGUGCUGGAUCUCGCACAUAAUCAACUAGAUAGGAUAAAUUUGGAGUCAUUAGUUCCACCGCAACUACAAUUCUUAGAUUUAUCAUGUAAUUCCCAAUUACAUGUCGAUCCAAGACAAUUUCAGGCGUGCAGAUCUCAAAGACCAAUGAGUUUGGUUGAUGUCAGUGGCAGAAAUAGGGCUGCCUUACCAUCAACCCCAUGGCCCUACAGGGAAGGAGGUGAUGGUCAUUUAGACCCGCCAUGGAGAGUAGGAUUUUCAGAAACUGCAGGAGAUCGAAGUAAAUUAUGUAUAUCUCAGUUAAGAUUGCCAGCGUUCUGCAAUACGGAAGGGUUAUUUGGAUUAUUUGAUGGAGAGUCUAGUGGAGAACUGCCUGAUAUACUUCUCAAAACCAUACCCAGACUUUUAUUAGAAGAAUUAACUGUUAAAGAAACUUCUACAGAGUAUAUGAAGUACACUUUAUUAUCAGCACAUCGUGAGUUGAAACAGCGUGGACAGCGUGCAGGAGUAGAUGUAACUUUGUGUCAUAUUUCUAGAACAAAACGAGCUGAUAAUGAAUUUUUACCUUCGACACGACGGUACAUAUUACGUUUAGCAAGUGUUGGAGAGGCAACCGCAGUUGUUGGACGACCAAAUGGUGUUUUGCGUUUAACACCGCCAACGCCUUGUAGAAGAAUUGGUAAUAGUGCUUCCUUUCCAUUAAUCACACCCGAUCCUGAAGUAGCUGAAUUGACUCUAACUGACCAAGAUGAAUUUGUUAUCAUUGCCAAUAAAUAUGGAAAAUGA